UUAACCCACCACCUUUUUUCUUUGAUUUUUUUAACCACCCUCUACCGCCGCCGCCAUAAUAAUAACUUCUCUCCUUUUCUUUCUACUGAAGAAUUGGUACAUAUGUUGGUUUAAUUUAAUACAUAGUUUCUUUUACUAUAUUAAUAUUUUAUAUGGAGAAUUUUGGACGGAGUAUGAAGAAAACAGAGAAUAAUAAUAUACAUAGAAGAAUAGAAACUUCUUGUAUUUUAUUAUAAUAUAAUAUAAUAAUAACAAGAGGGAGGAGACAUUAUAUUGAAUCGGUGUGUUUAAUCUCUUGAGGGAGAGUUUUGCCGCUUAUUGUGGUUCUCUCUAACUCAAGAGAUUAAUAUCUGCAGUUGCAGGUAUCUGAUUUAUACUAAAAAUAUGGAACAUAUGACAAAUAUUGGAGAUGGAGUGAAUGAUGAAAAUGUGUUGUUUGGAAUGAUGGAAAGCGCUGGCGGUGGCGGUGGUAGCGGUAGUGGUGGUGGUAACGAUGACGUGAGUUUGAAGAAAGGUCCUUGGACAACAGGUGAGGAUGCAAUUUUGAUAGAUUAUGUAACAAAACAUGGUGAAGGGAAUUGGAAUGCAGUUCAAAGGAAUACAGGCUUGAAUCGUUGUGGGAAAAGUUGUAGGCUUAGAUGGGCUAAUCAUUUAAGACCUAAUUUGAAAAAAGGUGCAUUUUCUCAUGAUGAAGAGAAACUCAUUGUUGAACUUCAUGCUCAGUUUGGUAACAAAUGGGCUAGAAUGGCUGCAUUGUUGCCGGGAAGAACAGAUAAUGAGAUCAAGAAUUACUGGAACACGAGAAUCAAACGUCGUCAACGACAAGGACUUCCUCUUUAUUCGGACGAACAUGAUCGUCCGAACACACCAACAACACCUUCACCGUGUGUUACACCAACCGGAUCAAACCUUAACAACAACAUCACGCCAAAAUUCGAGUUUUUCAACCAAUAUCAUCCACAACAACAUCAUCUUCAACAACAUCAACAAGUUCUUCAUCCUUUGUCUCCAACACCAACUCAUCAUCAUUCUCCUCUCUCUUCACCACUCCAACAUAGGCAACAACAACAUCAACAACAUUCUUUUUCUCCCCACACAUUCUUAGACACUUCAUCACCUUCUUCGUCGCUUUCGCCACUUUCCUUCACCUUUCAAAGACCUGCACCACUCUUAUCUACGCCGCUUCGCUUCAAACGCUACCGAUCAACACCAAAUUUCGGACUAAUCCCGAAUUCCAUGACACAAAACUGCUCUUCUUCAUUCAAUGAUCCUUCUUUAACUUCUCAUCAUCAUAAUAAUCAUCACGAUAGCUUCCGAUUUCCAAUGCAAUACAACUCAAGUUUUUCUCAAUAUUUUCAUACUCCUUUAUUAGAAUCCGACCUCGGAGUUUCUUCUUCUUCGUCUUCGCCUUUCUCAACGAAGCUAGAGCUACCUUCAAACCAAUAUCUAAGAUCACACUCAGAACAAGAUAUUAAACCUAAUAUUGAUUUCAAUGAUCCAAAUAAUAGUAUCUUAAUGGGAGAUAUUUUAAUGGAAGCACAAACCCUAGCAUCUGGCCAAAAUUCAAAGAAGAGAAAUUACUUAAGCUUGAAUGAAGGAAAUGAUAUCUUUAAUGCAUGUCAAAGCAUUGAUGAUUUUACACUAAGCUCUAUUUAUUGGCCUUCUAAUUCAGGUCAAAAACCAAAGGAAGAAGCACCAGAUCUAAGCAAAUUCAUGGAUGAUGAAUUGUCAACAAUGCUAACAGUGAUGCCUUCAUCAACAAUGCAAAAUCAAGAUUGGAAUAAUAAUAAUGAUAAUAGUAAUAAUAAUAACAAUGCAUUAGAAGUGGGCAAUGUUCAAUCUUCUAGUGGUGUGAUGGGAGAUGAAAAUUUUGGACUUGAUAUUAAGCCAAUAGCUUCAUUGUUUCCUCUUACAAAUACUACAAACCAUGAUGAUAGUAAUGAAAACAAUGGUUGCUAUACUUGGGACAGUUUAUCUGGACUAUGUUGAGGUUGAUAUGUAUAUAUGUGUAUCCAUAUUGUAAUGGUUUGAAAUUUCAUUAAUAAGAUAAUUUUAGAUUGUGGUCUUUUCAAUUAAGUUUGGUGGUUGGGAGAAAUUGUAAAUGGCGUUGCAAAUAUA